AUGCCUCCUCUUCUUCACGUAAGAACAACUCCAACAACACCUUCAUUCAAAUCCUUCGUCGUUAUCCUCUCAAUUCUCCUCAAUCUCUACCUCCUCUUUCUCCUGUGGGCCCCAUCCUCCACGCCACUUCCCUCAUCUACUCUUAUCUCCCGCCUCUCCCCCACCACGCGCCGCCACCUCCUCUUCUCCGUAGCCUCCUCCUCCCUCUCCUGGCCCCGCCGCCUCCCCUACCUCCGCCUCUGGUACUCCCCCGCCUCUACCCGCGCCCUCGCCUUCCUCGACAAACCACCGCCACCGUCUGUUAACUCCUCCUCCUCCUCUUCUCCGCCGGUUGUGAUAUCCGCUGAUACUUCCGCGUUCCCCUACACGUUUCGCGGGGGGCUGCGGUCAGCGAUCCGCGUGGCGCGCGUGGUGAAGGAGGCCGUGGAUCGCAACGAGACCGAUGUGCGGUGGUUCGUGUUCGGCGAUGACGACACGGUGUUCUUCGUCGACAACGUGGUACGCGCGCUAGCGCGGUACGACCACCGCCGGUGGUUUUACGUCGGGAGCAACUCCGAGAGCUACGACCAGAAUGUGCAGUACUCCUUCCAGAUGGCGUUCGGCGGUGGCGGCUUUGCGAUCAGCUCCUCCCUCGCUAGGGUUUUGGCGAGGGUUUUCGAUUCGUGUUUGAGGAGGUACGGACACUUGUAUGGCAGCGAUUCAAGGAUUUAUUCUUGCGUCGCUGAACUCGGUGUUGGCUUGACUCAUGAACCUGGCUUUCAUCAGUUAGACAUGCGGGGGAAUUUGUUUGGGAUGCUAGCUGCACAUCCAUUAUCUCCUUUGUUGUCCCUUCAUCACUUGGAAGCAAUGGAGCCCCUAUUUCCUGACAUGGAUAGAGUACAAGCUUUGGAACAUCUUGUUGCUGCUGCAAAUAUAGAUCCUGGCAGGAUCCUUCAGCAAUCUGUCUGCUAUGAUCGAUCAAAUUCUUUGACUUUCUCGAUUUCUUGGGGUUUCGCGAUCCAGGUUUAUCAAGGAAACAAACUUCUUCCUGAUCUCCUUGCAGUGCAGAGAACCUUUGUUCCAUGGAGGAGGGGUAGUAAAGUCAAUGCUAAUUUCAUGUUUAACACCAGAGACUAUCAUAGAGAUCCUUGUAAAAGGCCUUCUGUAUUUUUCGUAAAAAGUGUUACAUCUGAUAAAAGGGGCAUUUGGAGCAAUUACAUUAGACAUGUUGUUGGGAGCUGCUUUGAAUCCAAUAUCACACAGAUCGAGCAGAUCAUAGUUUUUUCAAGGAAGCUAGAGCUUAAUAAUGAACAGAGAAGGAUCCUUAUCCGCAUUGUUGUAGAAAUUUUACCAAAGCUCAAGAAGAUCUCACUGGUGAUCAAACCCCUCAGGCAGGUUUUUCACGUGCAGUUGAAUUUUGCAAAUGGUUUAUUUCCAGCAGUAGCACUGAAGAUUGCAUGUUUUUAUCUACUUCUGAUUCGCAAAAUUGCCCGGUAG